AUGCCUCUUUUCCACCCGCGCAAUCCGGCUCGUUACCAAGAUUGGAUGUGCAGCAGGCUAACGCUCUCCUUACAUCAGAGACUAUGCAUGCGCCAGAACCAAAUAUCGCGCAUCGUUUUCCCUUCUAAUAUCGCCGAAACUUUGACUGAACUCGAUCUCUACGACAAUCUCAUCUCGCACAUCAAGGGCCUGGAGGACUUUCACAAUCUGACCAGUCUGGAUCUGAGCUUCAACAAGAUCAAGCAUAUCAAGAAUGUCUCACACCUGAAGAAAUUGACCGAAUUGUUCUUCGUUCAGAACAAGAUCACCCGCAUUGAAGGCUUGGAGGAGUUGACGUUGAUCAAGAACUUGGAGCUGGGGGCGAACAAGAUUCGGGAAAUCGAGAACUUGGAAACCCUCGCCGCACUUGAGGAGCUCUGGCUCGGAAAGAACAAGAUCGUGGAGAUGAAGAACCUUGACCACCUGUCAAAUCUUCGCAUCAUCUCUAUCCAGUCUAAUCGCCUGACUAAAAUUUCGGGCCUCUCUGCGCUCCCAAACCUGGAAGAGCUCUACCUCUCACACAACGCAGUCACAGACCUCUCAGGACUAGAGUCCAACGAAACCUUGCGUGUUCUGGACUUCUCUAACAACCAAGUCGAGCAUCUGGAACACCUAUCUUCACUCAAGAACCUCGAAGAGCUAUGGGGAUCCAAUAACAAGCUUGCCAGCUUCGAGGAGGUUGAGCGUGAGUUGAAGGACAAGGAGAAGCUCGAGACUGUGUACUUCGAGGGAAACCCAUUGCAGAUGAAUGGGCCUGCUGUUUAUCGGAACAAAGUGCGGUUGGCGCUACCGAAUAUCAAACAGAUUGAUGCCACGUUUGUUCGAGUAUAG